AUGCCAGACCAGAGCCUCAGCACCAAACCCAGCGCCAUGAAGACCCCAGCUGCUGCCGACAAACCAAACCCGGAUUCCCGCCACGUCACCGUCUCCGUUCCAUUGGUCAACGAGGUCCAGCUCACCGCGGCGACCGGGGGGGCGGAGCUAUCGUGCUACCGCUGCACCGUGCCGUUCGGCGUGGUGGUGCUGAUCGCGGGGGUCGUGGUCACCGCCGUCGCCUACAGCUUCAACUCCCACGGAUCCACCAUCACCUACUUCGGUCUGGUCAUGCUGUCGGCCGGCCUGGUGCUGCUGGCCUCUAGCGCCAUCUGCUGGAGGGUACGGAUGGAGCGGAAGAAGGAGAGGAGGCGCGAGAGCCAGACCACGCUGGUGACCAAUCACAGGAGUGUGUUUUCCUGA